AUGAGCCCUGACCACGUGUCGGCAAAGGCCCUGUCGGCUGCCAAACAACACAACCGACCGGGUCCGACCAACCCUGAACCCAGCACCAUCUCCACGCCGCAAGCGUGCAGCUCACACGCAUCCUGGAUGGCCCACCGAACAUAUGCCAGCAGCCAGCAUCAUGGUAGAACGCAGGCCAAGCAGUACAACGCACCACACCGCUACCCCGGCCAAUCAUCUCGACCCCUCCAACGCCCUGCUGCACCUUGGUCGUCAGACUACAUCUCCGAGCCAGUGUACUCGGACUCGGACGACUACAUCAACUCGCAGGAUCCAGAACCGGCCCCAAGCCCUGCACGGUAUCAUGAAAGGCCCUCUCCGAUGACUUCGCCGUACAGCCCCCGGGAAAGAGGGUCUAAUAGCAAGCCAUCAUAUUACACAACUCCCCCGCGUCGCCGGCAACAAUGGCCCGCGCAGUACCAGACCCCUUCCCCUAGUUCCGAUUAUAUUGCACAGUCAGCCCGGACAGAAGAUGAUUAUAUUGCCACGCCGGCGAGUCGUAUGCCCGGCGCCUUUGUAGACGACGAUGACGACGACAAAACCCCAGAGUACACCAGUGGAUACACCCAAUAUCGACCCAACGAUAGCUCACCGCUCCAACGCUCUGCCCCUAAAUCCUAUGCCCCAGAGAGUCCCCCAGUUCGACGCCGUGCUGCUCCCAAAGACUACGACAAUGAUCCACCGCGGCAGCAUCGUCGUCAUCGCGACUCCGACCUGACCAGCAGCAACUGGGACCGCAAGCACGACACAGCGCGGACCCGGAGCCGCAGCCGUAGCCGCAGCCGCCCCAAGCACCUCCAACCGCAUGAACUCGACAAUUUCCACGAAGCAAGGCAAUUUCUCGAGCGCUUCCGCGCCCUCGACAUCAAGCGCCCUCACCCCACCAGCCCCUAUUCAAGCGACGAGGACCGCGACGAUGCCCGCAGCCUGCGCUCCCGCCGCAGCAGUGUAUCUAGGGAACGCCCUGCAACAUACAUUUCCUCGCGCCGAAACAGUAGCAAUGCAAAGAGCAAGCGCCUCGAGGCCGCCAGUGACGCAUCCGUAGCUUGGUACCGCAGCUCCCACCGCUACAAAGACGACGAAUAUGCUUCCUCUCCUGAGCCCGGAACCGGGUUCAGCCAGCCACCCCGCCAAAGCCGACUUGACCGUUAUGAAAGACGCCCAAGCUACAAGCUACUUACUCGAGACACUGCCGCACAAUACUCUGAUGCCGAUUCGCUAGGUCGCGACCCAUCAACCACGCGCUCCUACCUUUCCCGUCCCCCCUCCACAACCCCAUCUUACAUCUCUCGAUCUCGCUCUCGCUCUCGUGCCCCAUCCACCGCCCCCUCAUACGUCUCCCCUUCCCCUUCCCCUGCUAGAACUCGAGCGAGAUCCCCACCUUCCUUCAGCCGCACAGUAACCACCACCCACCGCCGUUCCUCCUCCAGCUCCGACAACGGGAUCGGCGAGGGAAGCGAUUACCUUCCUAGCGACGACGACGUGGAAGAAGAUGCUGCAAGACGCCAUUUUUCAGACGACGACAAGUACCAACCGAGAGCGGUGUAUAGUGACGAUAAUGGCGUGGGCGAGGGAAGCGAUUACGUCUCUAGUGAUGAAGAUGAAGUCGUGCAUCGACAGGGGAGGUAUGCGCGGGGGAAAAUGUAUAGUGCACGUGAGCGUGUGAGAGAGGAAGAUGAGGAAGAAGAGCAUAGUUAUAGUAAGGGGUGGGGUGUCGGGAAUAGGGGCGAGCCCACGGGAGGCAGGCGACGUUGGGAAGGUGGAGUGGGGAUAUAA